UGUCCCAUUAAGACCCCAAGGAUCAAAAUGCUUAAGCAUUGCUUGCUAAAUGUGGAUUACAAGCAGCAUAUACAGCCAAAAUGUGGUGAAAUAUUCUAUGAAAACGAAUGCAAUGGCUUUCAACUUGUAUGCUGCCUGUGCGGACUGAAAGCAUUUUCUUUCGAGGAUUUCGUGCUUCACAUUCGCAAUGGACAUUUUGAUAGCCAGGGCAAGCCAUUGACGCACACAGUGACGGCAAAGACAACGCUGCAACCAAACAUUCCAAAUGCAAUUGGAAGCCAAGAUCAAUCUUGCCAUCCUUUGAUCAUCGCCAAUAAUAAUGAUGAUGACAAUGGGCCCGAUUUUUUGCCAGAAACGGAACACGUUGACGACGAGACGCAGGAAGCUGACAAGCCACUGCGCAUCAUGGCAGUCACCGAACUAGAGCAAAAAACGGACGAGUCCAAUACGCCUUGGCAGGAAUGCAAUGAUAUAACGACCAGUUCCGAUAGCGAAUGUGAGGAGAACACAGCGGAAGAAACGGAUGUGCUGGACGCCGCGGAUACCGGUGAAGUUGAAAAGCAAACUGUAUUCAAGAAACAUCGUCUGCCCAAGGAGUAUAAAUGCGAGUACUGCACGCGUAACUACACAACAGUAAAAUACCUGAACAUACACAUCAAAAUGAGUCACCCGCAUCCUAACGCCUUUAAGUGCGACGAAUGCGAGGCCACUUUUGAUGUAGAUCGAGCACUGGAGUCCCAUCGUCGCAAAGCUCAUACGGAAUUCACCUGCAAACUGUGCUCAAAGGUGUAUAAAAGCUCACGUACGCUGCUUCGCCAUGUGCAGGGGCACUCGGGCCUGCGGCAGUACAAAUGCGAUUUCGAGAAUUGCGGUAAAUCCUUUGUCAACCAACACAAUCUCUCCUCGCACCGCCGGGUGCACAGCACCGAACGCAACUACGUGUGUGAACUGUGUGGGUACCGGUCCCGAUAUCGUGAGGCGCUUAUCGUUCACCGCCGUACCCAUACUGGCGAAAAACCGUUCAAGUGUGAAACCUGCGAACGGUGCUUUGCCUCCAAGUCGUUGCUUAACGAGCAUCAGGCCAUGCACUCGACGGAACGGCCGUACAAAUGUGACAAAUGCGAGGCCGCCUUCUCGCGACCCAAAGCCUUGUACCAUCACAAGCACCUGCACCUGGGCAUUAAGAAGUUUAAGUGCAAAAUCUGUGGUAAUGCGUAUGCCCAGGCAGCUGGACUGUCGGCGCACAUGCGCGGCCACAAAAUGCAGGCCAGUAACGGUGUCGCCGAUGGCGGCGAGAUCAGCGGCAUGGAGCUGCUAUUUAGCUAUUAAGUAUACCAUUCAAUACCAGAAUACAUACAAACAUACAUAUAUGUAUCAACGAUAAUUUCAGCGAAAAAUGUUCGUAAACACUUGAAAUUAUCUAAGAGGGGUCCACCAAUAAUUAGAGAUCUUCUCUAGGGCCCAACAUUUGAACAACACUCACACCAAUCCAAGGACUUUUGCUUCGUUUAAAAGACAGGCAUUACCAAGGAGCAACAAUAAAAUCGAUCUAUUCAAUUUAAAUAUCCACUAAGCAUUAUUGAAUAAGUAGGUUUUAAGUGUAAAGUAGACAAAUACAGAUUACAAAAGCCAAAUUACAAUUUUAGAAGAGUAUAGCAUUAAAUUUCCAGCAAAAAACGCUUUGUUUACGCUGCAACACAUCUGUUGCCGCUGACAAAGCUAGCUGUUGAUUUAUGUUUUAUCUCUUUCACACGUUUGCUUCCGUCUCUUUUCCAAAAUGAACAAAAAUGUGUAGUCUAUUGUUUACCGCAGUGUCAUGUGGGUGCCAAAAUACAUGUUUUUGUUUUUCAGAUAGUUUUGGUCAAUAAAC